AGAGUUCUGACAAAACGUGAUCCACUGGAAAAGGGAAUGGCAAAUCACUUGAGUAUUCUUGCCUUGAGAACCCCAUGAACAGUACAUAGCCUUAACUCUGGAAAAUUAAUCUUGGCUUUUUCUUUUCAUGAUGAUUCUAUAGUAUAGAUAUUUCAAGCAUCCUAAGUUCAUUGACACUUUAACCUAAUUCUUCCUUACAAUUCCAAAGGAACUGGUGUGCUCAUCUGUACCCUGGGGGCAGACCCUUAAAUAACCACCCAGGCACAAAUGAUGGAUAGAGAUAUAUUUACGUAAUGUUUUCCUUAUUCCUGGAAAUUAUAGAAACAUUGAACAGAGGGCAGAUGUUAUAACAGAUUCGAUUGGGGUUUUGCUUAAAACAUAAAACAUCCUAGACACCCUGAAAGGCAGUUAAAAAUCUACUCAAAGCAGAAAGUCAGGAAGACUACUGUAUUGCAGCAAUAUCGUCUACUGAUUGGCCAUUUCUGUUUGAGUUUACUUUUUAGAGUUUUUAAAUAGUUUUACUGUCAAAACUGACCAUCUUUUCACAUGGUGGUUGUUAAUUAAUAUUAAUUCUGAUUUUGAACCACCAUGUUCACCUGGGUUGAAUUAUUCUAUUAGAUUCUCAUUUUACUCUUAAACAGCAGUGCCCUUAAAAAUUAAACAGAGGAUUUAAAUAUAAAUGCACAUGCCCUUUGACAAAUAUAUUCCAGUAUGUAUUUACCCUAGAAAUAUAUUCAUAAAAUCAUAUAAAGAUAUUCAGUGGUGUUCUCUACUUAUAAAGAAAAAAUGUAGUAGGGAUAGUUAAGUAAAUUAGCCCAUACACUGAAAUACUCAUUCUUAAAAGAUAAACUGGUAUGGGAAGAUCGCCAAGUUUUCUUAACUGAAAAAGAUAAGAUGUAAAAUAAUAACAUGAUGCCAGAGGUGGUUUAAAAUGCAUACUUACUAAACAAAUGUUUGUUGAGUGCUACUGUGUGGCUGGUGUCCUGGGAGGGUAUACACAAAAUACUAACAGUGGUUAACUGUGGGGAGUUGGGAUACUUUUCAUUUCAGUCUCUGUACAACUCAAGGGUGUGUUUUUGUUUUUUUAUUAUAGGACUCUUUAAUAUAUCUUGAUAUAUUGAUACAUUAUCAGCAGGCUUAACUAAGUUAUAUAUGCAGUCAUAUGCAGCUUGAGUUUUAGUUGUGCGUAUUUGAAUCUGUAUAAAAUAUGUGCUUUUUGCUGUAUUGCAACGUUUAUUCAUCUAUCUUCCCCAGCAGCCUGUGAGGACUCUAAAGACAGAAACUCAGUUUUGUCUUCAUCAUCUAUUUGGUUUUUAAUUGAAGUAAUUGCAAAAAUGAGGGGUAGUUUGGGGGUAUCCGAUGUUCUGUCGGAGACUAUGCUACUGAGCAGGUUGGGAUGUGGCAGCUGGAGUCCUCCAGGCGCACCAGAGAGACGUGCGGCCGCAUUCCUAGAGAGGCACAGAGCCGGCUAGGCAGCCACAGCGGCGAGAGGAGAAAUCUAUGGCCGCAGGAGUCCUGACGGCAGGAAGUGGGGCACGCCCACUAGGCGAGGCAGCUGGCUUCUCCGGACUGCAGAGCUGGGCCUCCGCUCUCAGGCGGGAUUUUUCACUGGGUCAGCUACGUCUUUGUUGUGCUUGUUCCUUGAACUUUUGGUCUGUUAGCCAGCAGUUAAGACAGUCAUUCACCGAGUGCCCCCUGUAUUCCAAGUGCUGGGGUGCGAUCGCUGUAAGAUACGUUCUGGGCCCGCGGGACGUCUGGCGUCCCAGUUCAUCUCCGUGCGCUCCAGUAUUUGUUGAAUACCAGCCUUUAAGGUCAACAUGGAUGAAGUUUUGCAGGACCCCGCUCCUGAAAAUGGAGACAGCUUUGUGAAAGUGAAGGAGGAAGAUCCCACAUGGGAACAGACAUGCAGCUCACAGGAGAGUGGCUCCCACACUCGGGAGCUUUGCCGCCUGCGCUUCCGGCAGUUCUGCUACCAGGAGGUGGCUGGGCCCCGGGAGGCUCUGGCCCAGCUCCGAGAACUUUGCCAUCAGUGGUUGAGCCCAGAGACCCACAGCAAGGAGCGGAUCCUGGAGCUGCUGGUGUUGGAGCAGUUCCUGACCAUCCUGCCCAAGGAGCUCCAGGCCAGGUUGCAGGCAUGUUCUUUGGAGAGUGGGGAGGACGCAGUGACAGCGCUGGAGAGUCUAGAGAGAGACACAGGAGACUCAGGAGAACAGGCUUCUGUCUACCCUGUAGGACAGGACCUGCACCUACUGGUGACAGAAUAUCAAGGAACCUCCUCAGAGUGUCAGAGCCCCCAGUUCCUGUUGGGGGUAACCACCCUGAAGUGUGAGCCUCCAGAGUCCCCCCAGGAGACCUCCCAAGAAGUGAGUGGACUCUUGUCUGCUCCAUCCACAAGGCCUGCGUCCCAGAGACCAGACCCUCUCCAGGAAGAGAAUCCCAGAGACCAGGCUGCAGUACUGGGGUUGAACUCAGCCAGAUCCCAGACAUCAGUGAAGACUGAGGAAGCAGCACCGGUCCUUGUCUCAGAGGAGUGGCCAGUUCUGAGUCUGGCUCAGGAGAAGGUUACAAACAUCAGUCUCAUGGCUGAAGAAGUUGUAACUAAAGAUGGAUUUUUUAACGCAAAGCAAGAAACUUCUGAAGAAAUGGAACGAGGUGCUGAGGCCUCAGGAAUAGCCAACAGAGACUGUGUACCCCAGAAUCCUUGUGGUACCCCUGUUCCUGCUGAAAGGACACUUGUGCAUUUGAACACUCUCAAGGACCGUCAUCCGGGUGACUUGUGGGCUCGGAUGCACAUCUCCUCCCUGGAAUAUGCUGCAGGAGACAUUACCCGAAAAGGGAGGAAGAAAGACAAAGCUCGAGUGAGUGAACUGCUCCAAGGCCUUGCAUUUUCUGGUGAUUCAGAUGUGGAAGAGGAUAACGGGCCUGAGACCCAGCCUGCUCCAAAAAGGCUAAAGGGGUCAGGUGUCCCAGAGAAGAACUGGACCAAAAGAGAUAUUAAACCCAACUUUCCGUGCUGGUCAGCACUGGAUUCUGGACUUUUGAAUCUCAAGAGUGAAAAGUUGAACCCAGUAGAGUUCUUUGAGUUAUUUUUUGAUGAUGAAACAUUCAACCUGAUUGUCAGUGAAACCAAUAAUUAUGCUUCUCAGAAAAAUGUCAACUUGGAAGUCACAGUUCAGGAAGUGAGGUGUGUAUUUGGUGUCCUGCUUUUGAGUGGACUUGUGCGGCGUCCCAGAAGGGGAAUGUACUGGGAAACGUCUGAUGCUGACCAGAACCUGGUUAGAGAUGCAAUCAGAAGGGAUAGAUUUGAAUUGAUUUUCUCAUACCUGCAUUUUGCAAAUAAUAGCCAUCUAGAUCAGAAUGAUAAGUUCACAAAAUUGAGGCCUCUCAUAAAGCAAAUGAAUAAAAAUUUUCUCCUAUAUGCUCCCCUCGAAGAAUACUACUGUUUUGAUAAGACAAUGUGUGAGUGCUUUGAUAGUGACCAGUUUCUGAAUGGUAAGUCUGUUAGAAUUGGCUAUAAAAUCUGGUGUGGUGCUACCACAGGGGGUUAUCUGGUUUGGUUUGAGCCUCAUCAAGAAGAAGCAACUCUGAUGGCAGGAAAGGAUCCUGCUCUUGGUUUCGGUGGAAACCUCGUGAUGAAUUUUGCUGAUGUUCUUUUAGCAAGGGGUCAGUAUCCAUAUCAUCUGUGCUUCGAUGGCUUCUUUACAAGUGUCACAUUGGUAUCAGCCUUGAAGAAGAAAGGGGUGAGGGCAACAGGGACAAUUCGUGAGAGCAGGACUGAAAAAUGCCCCCUUAUGAGUGCAGAACAUAUGAAAACAAUGAAGAAGGGGUACUGUGAUUUCCGAGUAGAAGAAAAUGAUGAGAUAAUUUUGUGUCGUUGGCAUGGUGAUGGUAUUAUCAGUCUGUGUUCCAAUGCUGUUGGCAUAGAGCCAGUCGAUGAGAUACACUGUUUUGCCAGUGACAAGGAGAUCCCUCAGAUAAGUCAACCAUCCAUAGUGAAACUGUAUGAUGAAUGCAGGGAAGGUGUAGCUAAAAUGGAACAGAUCACUUCCAAAUACAGGGUGAGAAUAAGAAGCAAGAAGUGGUACUCAGUUUUGGUGAGCUAUAUGAUUGACAUAGCCAUGAGCAAUGCAUGGCAGCUGCACAGAGCCUGUAACCCAGGUGCCUCUCUAGACCUCGGGGAUUUUCGAAGAUACGUUGCACAUUUCUACUUGGAGCAUAAUGCAAAUAUGUCAGAUUAAGGCAGGUGAAACAGACACAGUGAAGACAUUAAUAAAACACAGAAAAAUCACAACUAUACAACAGAUUGUACCUAAAGUAAACAUGAUGUAUGUAUACAAUUAAAUAACUAAUAUUUCUUUAAAAAAUAUAGUUUCAAAAACUGUUAGAACAAAUGAUCUGUAAAAAUGUUGAAAUCUAUUGGUACCUUUUGUAUGUCUAAUUUUGAUAUAAACACAUGGGAAAUCC